AGCAUGAAGCAACUGGCGGUGUUGGCGCUCUUCUGUGCCGUUGCGGCCGGCGUGGACUUUGAGACUUACUGUAAACCCACAAAAGAGAUCGGUCCCUGCAAGGCCGGCAUCCCGAGGUGGUGGUUCAACGUGAAGAGCGGUCAGUGCGAGAAAUUCCUCUACGGCGGCUGCAGAGGAAACAAGAACAACUACGUGAACAUGCAGGAAUGCGAAAAAAGCUGCCUCAGACGACUCAGUGCACUGGAUGUCUCGGCUGAGGUUCAUUACCCCGAGCACUGGAACGAAACCAAGUACAGCCAUAACGUGACGUCAGAAUAUUUCGCUGCUCCCCAAAACUACGAGAGCUGA